AUUCAUUUAUAAGAGAUAUCUUUAACGCGUCAAUUAUCCAUGAAUAUUCUAUCAUUAAUCUAUUAGUUAACAUACUUAUUAUGGUCCGUCACAGAAAAGUUGGUCAUGUCCAGUUAAAACACGGCAAUAACAAUGACACGAGCAGCAGCUCCAAUUCCAGUGAAUCUUCGUUUGCAAGCAGGACGUUUAAAGUGCUUUCCAUAUGGAAGACCCUGGUUGGUUUCGUGUGUUUCUUAAUUGCGGUCUACGUGGGUACUCUGGGCUAUCUAGAGACCAGAGUCAACACUCCAUUUGACAAUGAAAAGGUCGUACAAGAGUCAGGUUUAGAUGUGCCAGAGAGAUACUGGGGCUCAUACAGGCCUGGAGUUUACUUCGGUAUGAAGAGCCGGGAACCGAGGUCCCCUGUCUUCGGUCUCAUGUGGUAUGACUUGUCUGCUGCCUCUCAUAAAGGCAUAAGGCAUUGGUGCGAUCAGAACGACAACCUACCAUCGUACGGUUGGUUGCGUCAUGACGGAGUGUCGUUCGGCGAGCAGUCCAUAACGGACCCCCCUCACACUAUCGUUACCUCGUUCGUGAAGACGCCAGGAGGCGCUCACGGCGGCCAUUGGACUGCGAGAAUAAACGUAACUGCUCAGAAUAACGCUAACACCAAUUUUAUGCUGAUAUGGUACGGAGCCUUGGACGAGUCUCUGGGGCCGGAGGCCUCGCGACUGUGGGUGGAGGGCGGAGCCCUACUGGGGCACACGCCACAAAUGGACCACUUCAGGGUCACACUUGUACCUCAAAAAGGCAAGAUCAUCCACUCGGCGUACUCCGAAGCUCAUGCACCAGGACUUCAUGUCCUCAAGGAGAAGUUCUACUCGCUGCUGAAGGUGCAGAAGCACUCGGGCUACGGCCGAAUGGCGGUCGUGGGGCCUGACGAGGAACUGGAUGAGAAGGACAAGGCCGUUAACUUCGUCCCGAUCCAACUCCUCGUUGAAACACCGUUCGUUCUGGACGUGGUGUACACCACUGAGGAUCUGCCGACACCGCCGCUGCAAGGCCACGAGUAUCACAAGGCGUUGGAGGAGAAGAAGAGAGAGUUUGACAAGAAGUUCGAGGAUACCUUCCGGUUGGCUGAGAAAGGUUAUCCAGAACAGGACGUGGCCAUAGCUAAAGCUGCUUUAUCCAACAUGAUAGGCGGCGUCGGGUACUUCUACGGGGCGGGCCGAGUGCAGUCGCAGUAUACUCGCGAGCCUGUACCUUACUGGCGAGCGCCUUUGUAUACUGCUGUACCCAGUAGGUCUUUCUUCCCGCGCGGGUUCCUGUGGGACGAGGGUUUCCACGGUCUCCUCAUAGGCCGCUGGUCUGUUGACAUACAGAUGGACAUCGUCUCCCACUGGCUGGACCUCAUCAACGUCGAGGGGUGGAUACCCAGGGAGCAGAUACUGGGAACUGAAGCCUUAGCGAGAGUUCCCAAAGAGUUCGUGGUGCAGAGUAACUCCGCUGCCAAUCCGCCGAUGCUUCUCAUACAAUUAGCGGGAAUGGUGAGGAGGAACCCGGGACUCUUCGGCCCAGAUAUGAAGCACAGGAAGACGCUUGAAAGGAUGUACAACCGUCUCAAGGCAUGGUACAACUGGUUCCAAAGCACGCAGAAAGGCGAGGAACCCACCGCGUACAGAUGGCGGGGUAGGGAGGAUGAUGGGCUGCAAUUGAACCCUAAAAGUCUCACCUCGGGGCUGGACGACUAUCCGAGGGCGUCUCACCCGACCGACAUAGAGAGGCACGUAGAUCUACGUUGCUGGAUGUACGCUGCCGCCGACAGCCUCUCCCUGAUAGCGAGGACCAUUGGCCGGGAUCCGGACAAAUUUGAUGCCACUCGGGAGGAGUUGGGAGACGAGGACCUACUGAACGAGUUGCAUUGGUCCACGCACACACGCACGUACGCCGACUAUGGUCUUCAUACUGACGGGGUGCGACUUACCAAGGUUCAUCCCAAGAACCCAAACGAGAGUCCCAGGACGGUACGGACUGUCACCGCCGCCCCGCAACCUAGGCUGGUCACGUCGGCUUUCGGUUACGUGUCGCUAUUCCCUAUGCUGUUGAAAGUGCUUCGGCCGGAGAGCGAGAAUCUGGGCAAGAUCCUGGAGGACCUGGACAAACCGGGACUACUGUGGUCGCCCUACGGACUGAGAUCUUUAUCGAAAUCCUCCCCUCUGUACAUGAAACGGAACACAGAGCACGAUCCCCCGUACUGGCGGGGCCAGAUAUGGGCCAACAUAAACUACCUGGCCCUAUCGGCCCUCAAGCAUUACGCGGCCCUCACUGGGCCCAAUCAGGAGCGAGCUACACAGCUCCACCGAAGAUUGAGGGACAAUUUCGUGCGUAACGUUUUGUCGGAGUACAAACGUACAGGAUACCUCUGGGAGCAGUACUCGGGUGAGGACGGGAAGGGAUCUGGAUGUAGACCGUUCUCCGGAUGGACUGGCCUGGUGACCCUCAUCAUGGCAGAAGACUAUUAAAUAAGUAAAGAAAAUGUGAAUUAUUAAAUUUAAAUUAAAUAUGAAAAUGCCUAAAGACAAGUCAGCCUUUGCCUAAAAUAAAAAAAAAUAUGGGUCGCGCUUGACCGUAUGUCAAAUUAUUUAAAAAUGCGAAAAGGAACGCGUUUUACAAUUUGCCGGCCUGUCUCAGAGCGGCCAAUUCGCUAACUUUUAUUGACAUUUACACUGGUGGCGAUUCUGGCAUGAUUCUCUAAGUUAAAAUUAAAUUUAACAUCAGUCUCUCCUUUUCAUCUUCUAUAUAUCGAGCCCUUACCGCCAAAUUAUCGUAAGCGACACUCGCCAAAUUAUC